CAAUCUACUGAGAAUUCUUUAAAAAAAGAAGAAAGAAAAAAAAGCAUUGGGAUUCUCUCAUCGUGUUAAGUAUCCAAGUAUUCAUGAUGAUGCUUUGCCAAACUCAUGUUAUUUUGACGACUCAUGAUUAUCAGUUAGUUGGUUCCACUCAAGCAUAACCUCAAGAACCAGUUUUAAAUGCCAUAUUUUUUUUCAGUUCAUAUAACUUGAACAAAUCACUAAACUUUUCUUGCUUCAAACUUAUCCACCAUGAAAUUUCAUCUCGUACAACUUCCGAAUGGAAAGAACUCUCAUCAAAGCAGUUGCCUUAAGCUUUUUCUUUCAACCCUUUCCCUGAUUUUCAUCAGUUCAAUCCCUUUAGGUCUCCUGAAAUGUUCCCAUCCGCCAUUGGCAUCCCCCAACAGUAGCAGCCCGAGAAGCAUAGAGUUGAAUAACAAAUGUGAUGUGUUUAAUGGAAAAUGGGUGCCUCACCCACAAGGUCCUUACUAUACCAAUGAAACUUGCCGCCUCAUCAUCAAUCAGCACAAUUGCAUCAAAUUCGGGAGACCCGACACCGAGUUCAUGAAAUGGAGAUGGAAGCCUGUUGACUGUGAACUACCCCUCUUUAAUGCAACUCAGUUCUUAGAGAUUGUCCGAGGGAAGUCCAUGGCCUUCGUUGGUGAUUCAGUAGGAAGGAACCAAAUGCAAUCAUUAUUGUGCCUCUUAGCUGAUGUUGCAGAUGCAAAGGACAUUUCUCAUAAUUUUUCAUCAGACAUGAACUAUUUCAAACGUUUGUUCUAUGGUGAAUACAAUUUCACUCUAGCAGCAUUUUGGUCACCUUUCUUGGUCAAAUCCAGAGAUGCAGACCCUGAUGGGCAUUCAUUCAACAGCCUAAUGAGCCUUUACUUGGAUGAAGCUGAUGAAGCAUGGGCAAAUGAGAUCGAGAAUUUCAACUAUGUGAUCAUAUCAGCAGGACAAUGGUUCUUCCGCCCGCUGUUUUUCUACCAAAAUGGUCAACUUGUUGGGUGUCACAAGUGCAGUGAAAAUAACAUUACUAGCCUUACAAGGUAUUAUGGGUACAAAAUGGCCUUCAGAACAGCUUUCAAAACCCUUCUUAGCCUUGAAAACUACAAGGGGUUAGCUUUUUUAAGGACAUUUUCAGCAUCCCAUUUUGAAAAUGGAGAUUGGGAUAAGGGAGGGAAAUGUGCUAGAACAAGACCCUUUACUAGUGGAGAAAUGAAGUUGGAAGAGUAUAACAUGGAGUUCUACUUGACUCAAGUGGAGGAACUGAGAAAUGCUGAGAAAGAAGGGAUGAAAAAGGGGCUAAGAUUUGAGCUGAUAAACACCACUGAAAUCAUGUGGUUGAGACCAGAUGGGCAUCCAAAUAGUUAUGGACAUUCCAUGAAUAGGAACGUCAAAGUAAACGACUGUGUUCAUUGGUGCUUGCCAGGCCCCAUUGACACCUGGAAUGAGUUUUUGCUGUAUUUUAUGAAGAAGGAAUUUAUCCACAUGAUGAAAAAUGCCUGAAAAAGAGUUUGUUUUCCAGUUCUAUUUCACAAUAUGGAGGUAAGCAAAGAAAUUGCAAAUGCUACAUUCAAUCGUUCUUGUCAAUAAGGAAAAAUCAACCUUUUGGAAUGAAUAUGCAUUGCUAUACAAGUUCAGAACAGCAAACUA